AUGUCGUUAUGAUUCAAGCAGUAAAAGAUCGUCCCAGAAGUCCACGCAAACGGAUGUUGCCGUAGGUCAGCUUUCUUCUAGGUACGUUGAUUGGAUGUUGUUCAACGGUAUCUGCCAAAUCGAUCGACAAUUUGACGUCGUCAACUGGAGAGAUGGGUAACGACGAACGGGAGAUGAACCAGAUGCAUCAAGAAGGCGUGACCAUUCCAACGUGGAGGAAGGCGUAUAAGAUGCAAGGGCAACAGCACGAUUUCCAGCACAUCCCUAUUCCUCCAUUCUGCUACCAUGAGGCUCACAUCACAACUUUUCGUAGCCGGUCUGGCACCCUUUGCUCAUGCAUUCCCUGCCAUGAUGUACGAGGCAGUGGCCGCCGACCCAGCCCUCGAAGCUCGGGCCGAAGAGAUAGCUAAGCUGCUCGAAGCCCGUCAGGCGGGUGCGGGUGCAGCUACAGCUCUUUUCGAACCCAUCAACACCUUCAAUGCUGACAAGCAACGCAUCAACGUGGGGCCGGGCAGUGGUCACGAGUAUGUGCCCCCGGGUGCGGGAGACCUCAGAGGUCCUUGCCCGGGUCUGAACGCAUUCGCAAACCAUAAAUUCAUCCCCCAUAGCGGAUAUGCUACAAUCCAACAAUACAUCGAUGCGACGAUGAAGGUUGUUGGCAUGGGGCCCCAGCUAUCUUUGUUUCUAUCAGUGCUCGGCGGUGCUCUGGACGGUGAUCUGCUAUCAUGGUCCAUCGGUGGCACGCCAUCCCUUCUCCAGGGCGGCCCAACAGGCAUCCUAGGCAACGGCCUCAUCGGCUCGCACAACAAGUACGAAGGCGACGCCUCCCCCACAAGACCCGAUCUCUACGAGGCCGGCAACAACUACAAAACCGUAACCUCGCAGUUCCAAGACCUGAUCAACCACUCGCCCGGUGGCCAAGUCAGCCUCGAGUCCCUCACAGCAUUCCGCUCAGACCGCUUCGACACGCAAAUCAAGAACAACCCGAACUUCUUCAACGGCCCCUUCUCAGGCGUCCUCGUGCAGCCCGCAGCGUACACGUUCAUCUACCGCUUCAUGGCGAACCACAGCGCCGAGAACCCAGAGGGCCUGCUCAGCUACGAAACCCUGCAGUCGUGGUUCGGCGUCGAGGGCACCAACGGCGCCUACAACGCGGUCCAGGGCACCGAGCGCAUCCCGACGAACUGGUACCGGCGCGCGCUGGAGUACCCCUACGAGGUCGACUAUUUCCUCGUCGACGUCGUGAAUGCGGCGAAGCUGCACCCCAAGUUCCUCAACGUCGGCGGGAAUCUGGGUAAGACUAACUCGUUUGCUGGCGUCGACGUGUCGAAUCUGUCGGGGGGCUUGUUCAACUCGGCGGAUCUGCUGCAGGGGAAUAAUCUCGGCUGCUUUGUGUACCAGCUCUCGGCGCAGGCGAAGCCUGAUAUCCUCCUCGGCGCGCUGAAUAAGCUGACUGAUGCCAUUGGAAGCAUUAUCGGGCCGCUGGGCUGUCCGCAGUUGAAGGCCAUUGAUACCGCGCAGCUGCAGCAGUUCCCUGGCUACAGCCAGAAGCCAGUGUAUGGCUAGAGGUCUGGGCGGGGUUCUGCCAAGAUGUAACGAGUUAUGAUCGCGAUGACCUUG